AUGUCAUCGACCGAAUCGAAAGAGAAGUCUCGCCGUCCCAUUCGGAUUGGCAAUGCAUCUGGUGCCAUUGGCGACGGCCUUGAUCAGGUUUUCCGACUGGCAUCUUCCGGCGCCGUGGAUGCCAUCACGGCCGAUUAUCUCGCAGAGUUCAACAUUGCGUGGAAGGCAAUCGAACUGCAAUCACGGCCUGAUCUGGGAUACGAACCCAACUUUCUCGAACAAUUAGCCUACAACAACGGAGAUGGUGCCCGUGCGGUGGCCAACAACAACGUCAAGGUUGUCCACGAUGGCGGCGCUCUCAAUCCCAAGAGCUUAGCUGAGAGGGUCGAUUCGUACUUUCGCAGCUUGGGAAUUCGACAUAUGAAGGUCGCUUGGGUCGAAGGCGACAAUGUCACCGAACAGAUCAGGACCAAUCGAUUCGGGAACCCGCAGCACCUGGACCAAGCUGGCAGGAAGUUUGAGACCGAGGGAAAACAAAUACUCGCGGCAAACGUGUAUACCGGACAGAGAGGUAUCAUCGAGGCACUCGAAAAAGGCGCAGACAUUGUGAUCUGCGGCCGGUGCUGCGAUGCGUCCCCUGUCAUGGCACUUGCAUCCUGGCACUGGGGUUGGAAACCGACCGACUACAACCAAAUUGCCGGCAGUCUCAUGGCUGGACAUCUCAUCGAAUGUGGUGCCUAUGUGACUGGCGGGAACUACUGCGGCGCUCAAGAAGUUGCUCAACUCCAUCAUGUCGGGUACCCAAUCGCCGAGAUUGCGGCAGACGGGACAUGCAUCAUCACCAAGCCCGAGGGCACCAACGGGGCCGUUACGGUAGACACAUGCAAGGGCCAACUGCUGUACGAGAUUCAAGGACCGACAUAUCUCAAUCCUGAUGUUGUGGCGCGGAUCGAUGGCGCCUGUCUUGAGCAAGUCGGCAAGGACCGCGUUAGACUGUCAGGAAUCGUGGGAAUCCCUCCACCCCAGACUGCAAAGGUCGCCAUCAGUGUUUUGGGCGGCUUCCAGGCCGAGAUCUCAGCAUACGCCGCAGGGCUCGACACUGAUUUCAAGUUCAACUUGAUGAAAGAACAAGUCCUGGGCCAAGUCAAUUUGGCAGAUUUCACAACCUUCAGCAUUGAGAAAUACGGGUCUGUAGGUACCAACCCUCGGUCACAGAAGUCCUGCACCGUCCAGUUUCGCUUUUUUGCCCAAAGCCCGAAGAAAGAGGCCUUCACUCAAUUCCGCAGGGCCAUCUUUUACAACGGGAUGCAGGGUUAUUGCGGUCUGCACCUCGGGAUGGACUGGCGGACAAUGGAGCCCAAGCCGUAUGUUCGGUACUUCCCCGCCCUGAUCCCUCAGGAAGUUCUUCCCAUCUUGACGGUACACUUCAUCUCGGGAGAGAAGUAUGCUGUUCCGCAGCCGAACUUCAAAGACAUGAGAGCCAUCUCAGAGUCUGCUUUGGCUAUUAGCCCCGCGUUGGCGAAUUCGCCAUCCACAAACGGACGAUUGAUCAGGCGUCCCCUCGGCGACCUCUUCUUCGCCCGGAGUGGCGACAAGGGCGGCAACGCGAACGUUGGCUUCUGGGUGCGAGAUCCAAAAGCAUUCUCCUUUGCGCAAGCCUAUUUGACGGUACCGAAACUGAUUGAACUUCUGGCCGACGACUGGGACGCUCAGUACUCUGUUGAGCGGUGUGAGUUCCCGCACCUCAACGCGGUCCACUUUGUGAUCAAGGGGAUUUUGCAGGACGGAGUAAGUAGUAGCAGUGUACUUGACGGAUUCGGGAAGAGUAUUUCGGAGUUUUUGAGGGCCAGGGUCGAUGAUUUGCCGUAUGAAUUAGUCCAAGUUGAAGAGCAGCGACGUAUGAGUGCGCAGCAAAAAGCCAUCUCAUCACGAAUGACGUUGUAG